AAAUCAAUAGUCGCCCUUUCGGGCGACUAUUGAUUUUUGUUGGCAGUUCUAUUUUUUUGUGUGUGUAAUUUAAGAGAUUUAAAAUAUGCAAAGUAACUAAUGCAAUAAGUAACUAAAAUAAUAAUAAAACUCUAUUUUAAAAGUCAUAAUGCUAAAGUUUGUUUACCGCAUUUUCUGUUGUUAAUUAGAAAAUACAAGUAAAAUAAAAGCAAAAAGGUUUUAUCGUUUAAACAUUCUUUUUUUUUAAUUUAAUUAAAUUUUAGAGAUAUGUAAUAAUUUAAAAGAUAAGUAAUAGAAGUAAAUUUGUCCAGUUUGUCGAAAUUCUACAUAUACUAUAAAAAAAAAAAAAAAAUUUAAAGAAAUGACUAAUGACUCUAGAUCGCGUCUGGAAAGGCAAUUUAAUUAGUACUUUAAGAACUAGUUACUACUGAUAAUGGUAGGUUUAAUUACGGAUGGCGCUAAUGUUUUAACUGGACGGAGACAUAGUGUUCAGCAACAGCUAGUAGGUGCAACAAUUUUCUCACUUACAUUGUUUGUCGCACCAAUUGCAGCUGGCACUGAAAGAUGCAGCCAGCACUUCAAAGGAAGUGCUCCAAAUUCUGUAGCUAUUUUGUGAGCAACUCUUCAUUUUUCAUCGAAAUUCUACUGUUAUAUCAGCGGUUUAUUGUAACGCAUGCAACGUUUAUGGUGUAAAAGGCCAAAUGCAGAGUCAUACGAGUUAAUGUACCAGAUGGGUUACGAGUUAAGUACCAGAUGGGUUCCGCAUAUGAUAAAUGCAUUGGAGAAUCUUCUCAAUGGUCUAAAAGCGCAUAUUCAUAGUUAUACGACUAUCAGCUUGGAAAGCGACUACAGCGCAACACAGAAAUCAAAGGCUAAGUUCUUUGCAAAGAAAUUGGUUGAUCAGCACUUAAUGUCGACGGCGAUCUAUAUUCUUGAUGUGUGUAGAGCAAUGACAAUUUUUUCAGAGGCAUUAGUUAGCACAAAAAAAAAAUGUUUCAACGUGUGAAGUUAAGUCUUCGCUCGAGCAAUUUAGAAAGAUUCGAAGAAAAUCCAGACGCUGGUUUUUACUGGAACAAGCGCUCGAUAUAUGGGAUUGUAAAUUUGCAUAAAGUGAUAAAAGUAUGAAGAUCGAGUUUUUAUUACUACAUCUAUGCAAAAGUUUUUGAAACGAUAUGCAAACAUUUUCGUUUCAAACAAAUGCAAAAGCAUUUUGAAACGAUAUUCAAAUGUAUCAGAUGUCUUUGCGGAGGCGGACGAGUUGCUUAACACAGUUGAAUGGACGGAGAGCGACUUUUUCACGGCUGAAAACAACAAAAAGUUACAUAAAAACAUGCUAGACAAUAACAUAAAAGCCUUUAUUGACGACGAUAUGCUUUGCAACAACUUGAAUAUAAACAAGUAGAUGUUGGAAAUAUUUUAUCAGAGUGGAUAAUAUUGAAGAAAAUAAUAGCAACUUGGACAAGUGCAAGUUCAAAAUCAUUUCCACCGCUAUCUAUAUAAAUCUAUAUAAACCAGAUAGAUUAGCGAAUCUAUCUAUAUAAACCAGAUAGAUUCGCUAAUCUUUUUUCUCUGAUUGAUUUUUUAUUUUGCCAUAGCUCAAGUUCGGCAGACGCGGAAAAAGGCUUUAGCGCAAUGAAAAACAUUAUAUCAAUUCAAAGAACACGAGUCAGUAACAAGUUAUUAACGAUCGUAUAGUUCCAGAAAUGGAAUUAUACGAUCCAACAAAAGCCAUUAAACACUGGCUUUUAAAACCAUCACGAAAAAAUAAAACUAGCAUUAAUCAAAAAAGCUUUACAUGGACAACAAAACUCCAGUUGUGUCAGUUAAAAAGUCAAAGAAAAUACAGAUUUUUGCUAGUAGCGAUGAUGAUAGUGAUAGAGCUCUAACAAUUGAUGACGAUAUAUAAUAAUUUUGAAUCUUGAAUGUUUUUUACCUUUCAAAAUAUAAAUAGUUUUUCUUGUAACAAAUAAGAUCAUAAUAAUUACAACACAUUAAAAGCAAAGGGUUUUAAAGUAUUUGUACAUUGUUUUUUAUAUUUGUCAACAGUUUUUUGUUGUAAUCAAACGUCUAUUUUUU